CCCCGGCCGAGGCCCGGCGCCCCAGCGGGGAGCGGCAGAGUUUGCUGCGCCAACGCUGUAGCCCGAGGCUCCGCUCACCUCCGGCAGCAGCCUGCUUGGUGAGUCCUCCACUCUUCAGUCCAGCAAAAAGAGUAAUUUUUAAAAUCCUGAUCCAGCCUGAAGAUGACCCCGCUGGUCACGGUGGUGUCUGGUCCCCAUGCACGGCUCUUUGCCUGCCUCCUCAGGCUCGGCCCUCAGCAGGUCGGCUCCCUCCAGCUGCACACAGGGGCCAGCUGUGCAGCCAGGAGCCACUAUGAGGUGCUGGUGCUGGGCGGGGGCAGCGGAGGGAUCACCAUGGCUGCCCGCAUGAAGAGGAAAGUGGGUGCAGAGAAUGUGGCCAUUGUGGAGCCCAGCGAGAGACAUUUCUACCAGCCCAUCUGGACUCUGGUAGGUGCUGGUGCCAAACAGUUGUCCUCAUCCGGCCGACCCACAGCAAAUGUGAUUCCAUCUGGUGUAGAAUGGAUCAAAGCUAAAGUGGUUGAAUUGAACCCAGACAAGAACUGCAUCCAAACUGACAAUGGCAAAGAGAUCUCCUACAAAUACCUUAUUAUUGCUCUUGGAAUCCAGCUGGACUAUGAGAAGAUUAAAGGCCUGCCUGAGGGCUUUGCUCAUCCCAAAAUAGGGUCGAACUACUCAGUGAAGACCGUGGAGAAGACGUGGAAGGCCCUGCAGGACUUCAAGGAGGGCAACGCCAUCUUUACCUUCCCAAACACGCCCGUGAAGUGUGCCGGAGCCCCUCAGAAGAUCAUGUAUUUAUCGGAGGCCUAUUUCAGGAAGACAGGGAAGCGAUCCAAGGCCAAUAUCAUUUUCAACACCUCUCUUGGAACAAUUUUCGGGGUUAAGAAGUAUGCAGAAGCCCUGGAGGAGAUCAUCCAAGAGAGGAACCUAACCGUUAACUACAAGCAAAACCUCAUCGAAGUCCGGGCCGAUAAACAAGAGGCUGUUUUUGAGAACCUGGACAAACCUGGGGAAACCCAAGUGUUUUCAUACGAAAUGCUUCAUGUCACACCACCUAUGAGCUCGCCCGAUGUCCUCAAGACGAGUCCUGUGGCUGAUGCUGCUGGUUGGGUGGAUGUGGAUAAAGAAACUCUGCAGCACAAGAAGUACCCAAACGUGUUUGGGAUCGGGGACUGCACCAACCUGCCCACGUCGAAGACCGCUGCUGCAGUUGCUGCACAGUCGGGAAUACUUGAUCGAACAAUUUCUCUGAUAAUGAAGAAUCAAACACCAAUGAAGAAGUACGACGGCUACACGUCGUGUCCGCUGGUGACCGGCUACAACAGUGUGAUUCUUGCCGAGUUUGACUACACAGCUCAGCCGCUGGAAACCUUCCCCUUUGAUCAGAGCAAAGAGCGCCUUUCCAUGUACCUCAUGAAGGCUGACAUGAUGCCUUUCUUGUAUUGGAACCUAAUGCUCAGGGGCUACUGGGGAGGACCGGCCUUUCUGCGGAAGUUAUUCCACCUGGGUAUGAGCUAAGGCUGGCUCAGGCCUUGCUCUCCUCGGAUGGAUGAAAGUCACAGUUACUGAUGACCACGAGCAGCAUGAAGGACUCAGGACCUAACCCUGUCAAAGGCGUCGUGCUGGAUAAUGGUGCCCGUGUGCCGACCUUUCCAGUAUCUCUGAACAGCCACCAUGUGGGCUGCCCCAGACGGUUUUUUUGAAAUAUGCAGAUGAAAGAAUAGACUUCUAUUUUCUAAAUAAAAGUGUGCCAUUGAUUGA